AUGAGCGACAGCGCCUCGAACGACGUGGCGCCUCUGCCAAGUGGUGACGUAGCGAUUCCACCGUCGAGUGUCGAUGACGAGGUCGCGAAUGUCGAAGCGACGUCUGAGCCAAAGGAGGAGAUGCACAAUAAGAGCACGGGAAUUACAGUCGGGGACUCGACGCACACGCUGUCGGAUGGGAAAACCAUCCAUUAUUCUGCCGAGCGGAUCAUCGGCAAUGGGUCGUUUGGCGUCGUGUUUCAGGCAAAAGUGGAAGAAACAGGCGAGGUUGUCGCGAUUAAGAAGGUGCUGCAGGACAAGCGCUUUAAGAACCGAGAACUGCAGAUCAUGCGGCAGUUGCAUCAUGUGAACAUUGUGCAGCUUAAACACUGUUUUUACUGUAACGGGGAGAAGCCGGAUGAAUUGUAUCUCAACUUGGUGCUGGAGUACAUUCCUGACACAGUGUACGGUGUGGCAAGACAACUGCAGAAGGCCAAGCAGUACAUGCCCGUGGUGCUGGUGAAGCUUUACAUCUACCAAAUCUGCCGCUCACUGGCGUACAUCCAUUCGAUGGGCAUUUGCCAUCGCGACAUUAAGCCGCAGAACUUGUUGCUGGAUCCGAAGUCGCAUGUGGUAAAGCUUUGCGAUUUUGGAAGCGCCAAGGUGCUGCAGAAGAACGAGCCGAAUGUGUCAUACAUCUGUUCGCGUUACUACCGCGCACCGGAGCUUAUCUUCGGUGCCACGGAUUAUACUACAGCUAUUGAUAUCUGGUCACUAGGUUGUGUGUGCGCAGAGCUGCUUCUCGGCCAGCCUUUGUUUCCUGGUGAAAGUGGUGUGGAUCAGCUGGUGGAAAUUAUCAAAGUUCUGGGCACACCACAGCGUGAGGAGAUCGAGGCAAUGAACCCGAGCUACACGGAGUUUCAGUUUCCGCAGAUCAAGGCGCAUUCGUGGAGCAACAUCUUUCGCUCACGGACUUUUCCGGAAGCGAUUAGCUUGCUCUCCGAAAUGCUCGUAUACGACCCCAAGAAACGCGUGAAACCGCUCGAGGCCAUCGCGCAUCCGUUUUUCGACGAGUUGCGACAAGACGAUUUGAAGCUGCCAGAUGAUGUUCCUUUACCCGCGCUGUUCAAUUUCACUUUGGAAGAACUAUCGGAAGUGGACGCCAGGCUGCGCGAAAUUUUAGUACCAGUGCACGAGCGCAACUCAACCAACUGGCCGGUUUUAGAAGACGGCACCUGGCCUGAUGCUGCAGCUCGCAGUACCUGA